AUGUCGUUCCAUCCCGACUCGCUCGUCACGAGUCCCAGCGCCGCGGACCAUGACUCCAAAUGGCAAUUGCAUUCUAGCACCGAUUCCUAUCUCAACUGGAAUGCAAAUGCCAAGUCGCCGGAGGAACAGCACCCUCUUCGCAGCUCAACAACCGCCGCGGCACCGGACAUGGCCAAGCUACGCUCCACCAGUUCCAACGCUACUGCUCCAGCCGCAAACGGCGACACGCCCUCCGAGACUGCCUCGGCAGACGCAGCUUCGAUCCUCUCUCAUCACGGCCACACCACGAGCCCAGAACGCUCCAUGUCGCCAUCCUACUUCACAAAACACUACUUCAAACCGCCAAAUCGCUCAUCUGCCACCAGUCCAACCAUCACCUUCACGGGUGCGCCCAUCGAAUCGGCCCUACUUGCCAGCUCACGGUCGCCGCCGAUGCCGCUCGAUUCGAACCGUGAUAUCCAGACCACGCGUCAGUCCUCUGGUGGUACACUUGCGACCAGCCCACCUGCUUCCUCCACUGCGCCCAUCUCACCCACUUUGUCCAGCAAGCCACCGAGCAGCGGAGGCUUUUUUGCCUCUUUGCGUCCUUCUUCUCCAGGCAAUCUGUCGAUCUCCACCAAUUUCAGGUCUCAGGACGCAGAGAGCUCCGCGAGCAAAGCAAGGAGGCCUAGCAGCGUCUUGGAACAUGUUGGCAACGUCUGGGAGCGUAUCGGACGUAAGGUCCACCACACGCGCACGGCCACCUCGGAGCAGCACCCCACCUCAGCUUCGCACGCCCGUUGCUCUGCCAGUCAAACCUCGCCUCACCUCGGACUGGAUCCUGACUUGGUCGAGACGCUCGAAACCACCCGAAGGUCGCCGUCCGAAUCGUUCACAUCUCAGCCGUCCCCCGCACUGUCGACAACCACCGAGUCCGAAUGCCGUACCCCGGCGACGCCGAGUGGAGAGACACCAGCGAACUUGACCACGUCGCAGCCUGCGCCGUCGGCCCCUGCAUAUUCCUCCGUUUCCGCGCAACUGCCGUCUCCCAGCGCGGCUCAGCAAGAAGAGAGGGAGGAGCUCCCGUAUCUUGCUGCAGAGUCGCCACGCUCGCAAGGUCUGGGCUCGACCUCUGGCGAUUCGCCCAGAGUAGCCAGUGGGUCAAGAAGUUCCGCCGCGCAACGAAGGGUCUCGAGCGCGUUCGAACGUGUUUUGAUUCAAGUCACCGACGACAACGAGCGAUUCUCGGUUGUGGACAUCUCGGGCGUCGACUCGGCGGACGCGAUCAAGGAAAGGAUGUUUGCCAAGCUCCACCUUUACGACGCAGAUCACGCCAGCUUCCAAUUGUUCCGCACCGAGAUCGGUCAAUCGGAAGCGUCCGGUCCUGUGGUCAGUGACGAUGUCCUGCUCGUCCUGUGCUUACAGAUGGGCGAUGAUCGUGGCACGCUCAAGUUCUUGGUGCAGCAAACAGCGCCGCCGUCCAAUUCGACGGUGCGAGCCAUGCCACCUCCAACUUCGGUUGCUGUGUCGCCAAGGGCGCUCAACGACGUUCGCAGGACGUCCGGCAAUGGCUCGGCCACGAGCCAGCACUUCCGAACGGAGAGUCAGUCCUCGAAGAGCUCAAUGAGCGAUGCUUUGGUUCAUCCCGAGAUGUUCGGCGCGGACGGGAGCCACGAGGGAUCCAAUCGCAAUUCAGCAAGCAGCCUGACGCGAUCUAAAGCUACGGCCAGACGAGCUCUGCCGAGUGCUCCGCCGAUGGAUGAUUUGCGCUCGCCAACGCAAUCUGGCUCGAAUGCUGGAUCCCAAGGUGCACUGCAAGAUCGUAGGUCCAUUGCGUCCUCGGGCGACAGCUCGGCAAAUGAGUCGUCCGGAAAGCAGGGUGGCUCAGCGAGCGAGGGAGCCCCUUCUGUAGUGGUCACCCAGCGCUCCAGCUCGAUCUCUGCGAACGUCCCUACGGCUCCAGGCUCUGCUGCCAGCGGAGGCCGCCGUCAGAGUCACCAUGACGCUGAGACAUCCCGUCCCGACUCGGAAUUCUACGGCGAGCGAUCCUCUAACGCAUCUGCAGCGAACAGCUCUGGCCACAGGCAAGAGCGGUCCGACGACGGCGCUCGCGGGCUUGCGAGACAGCAGGGGACGCCAGCCUUGACCUUGCACAACGCAAAGAGCAUGGACGAUCUGCAUCGAGCCGUGCAGCCCACUGCCCACGUGCCUUCGAUGACGACGCAGGCUGAAGUACGCAAGCAGGCCGGCAUGGAUCGGGACGGCCGAUAUCCAGCACCAGCCAUCUUGAGACCUUCUACCGCAGCUCCUGCUGGCCCAGGCGCUCGAGAGGGUGCUUCUUCGCACAGACAAUACAGCUCGGAAAUGCUGCCCAGCGGACGAGCGACCGUAGAGCCCGUCCCGGGGCCUGAUCCUCGUCUGUUGCAGCGGAAUCGCAGUGCGCAGGCGGCCAUUCCCAGCGGUCACCACAUGGAGGACCAUGGUCCAAUGAGGAUGUCGAGUACCCCUCAGAUGCGAUCGCCGCCUCUGCCGAAUGCUUAUGCUGGCCAAGGACAAGGGGAAACUCGCUUCCACGGUCAGCCUCCGCCCUCUGCUCCAUUGAUGCAAGCGCGUCCUCCCAACAUGAUGGGCCGCCCUCAGUUCAGCGCACCUCCCUCUUACGCCGGACAGCCGGCUUAUGCAACCCAGCCAUACGGGCAAGCCGUGUCUCGGCCCAUGGGUCCAGGGUAUGGCAACGAAUUUGGAACGCGAGCUGCUGGUCCGGGCCCGAACUUCAACACGUAUCACGGCCAUGAUCCUCGAAUGAGUGCCAGCGCAAUGCAGGCUUCGCUCACGCCGCGUCCGUACUCUUACCAUGAUCAGCCACCGCCCAUGCAUCAACAUCCUGCCUACAGACCCUACGGUCCACCCAACCCAGCGGUGGCUUCUCCGUAUCGGACGCGCGAAGACCCUUUCGCCACGCGCUACUUCCCCGCGUCAAGCUCACGACAGGUUUCCGAGUUCCAGAUGCAGGCCGGCCGCUUGGAGCCUGGUAUGACGGUGCAGCAGACUUUGCGAACACAGGAAGUGAUUCGUAGUCAUACUCCGAUGGGAUCGCCAGGCCAUCCCUACCCAACCGGCCAUGCCCACCCGCCGGGUCCUUCUUAUGGCCCUCGCGAUCCGCGCCAGCCUGCUCAGCAGAGUCAGUACACGGGCAUGCCGAACUACGCCAAUGCACCGGGAGCUCCUCAAAUGCAGAAGCGUCCGAGCUACAACGGAUCUGCGGUACCGAACCCGCAUCACCAGCCCUCGCCGCGACCGCACCAUCACCCUUAUCCUCACAACCAAGCUCCGACACAGCCAUUGCGCAGCGCACACGACAGCUACGCUGCUUCCCCUCCAGGCCUUGCCAGUCCACAAGCGAGGCCACAGUCCGCAAGCUCGUCGGCAGGACGCGGACCGACAUUUCAGCAGCAGUACCAGCAGCAGCAGCCCCAUUCGGCAGGCGCCAUGUCGGGUCCCGAAAGUCAUCGGCGAGAUCCACCUGUGCGAACGAACACAUCCGAGCGCUCAUCUGGCUCGUCCUUCUCCAGUCAAGGUAGCUCUCAGCACCGGCGCCCAUCCAUUGAGGGCCGCAAUAGUCGCACCUCGAUCGAGGACUCGUUCAGUGCCCCAACCUCGGCGAGAAGUUCCCAGAGUGGACCCAUCUCGGCCAAACCUGCCAAUGGCGAGCCCCGGUCCUCCUUUGGCAAUGCAGAGCGAGAGCUGGCCGACGACGAACUUGAGCACGUUCGCCCUCUGCCUCGUCUCCCGGACUCGUCAGCCACGACGCCGACCGAUCCGUCCCGUCCAGUUUCCUCGAACGCCUACAGCGCGCUCGGCGAGCACGUGCGUAAGUCGGAGGACGAGGACACGUUGCGUGCUGGCGAAUGGGCCCAGCUUUGGCGUUCCAUCGAUCCGAAUGCCGAGGGCACGGUGUCUGGCACUGCCAUCAGCGGUAGCAGUGGCGGCGAUGGCGAUACGGUCAGAGCGGAUUCGGGCACGCCAGGACCGACACGACCGCAAACCACGGAAGGCUCCUCGUCGUCCAGAUUUGGGCCACCGCGCGCCUCGAGCCCGAGUUUGGCGCCGGAGGAGAAUGGCACGGUCGCAUCCUUUGGCAACUUUGAUGACGACGAGAGCGAGUCUGGGACAUGGGCGCAGCCACUGGACUCGGACGUCAACGCACCGCGUCUGCCCUUGCGGCUGGGCGGAGAUGACGAGCAGUCCUCGGAGAGUCACGGCACCCUGCUGCCGGGCGAGGGCACCCUGCUUCAGACAUCGUCUGGUUUGUCAACGAGGCCCGAGUUGAAGCUGACGAUCGAUCCUGCCACGGGUCCGACGAUUGUCAGUUCGGAUCUGCCGCCCACGAGCAGCUCUCCUCGGACCAGCUCUUCGCAUCUCUCCUCGGCGAUCAACAGCGGCGGCAUCACGCGCAGCAACUCGUUCGCACGCAGAGACGACGACUGGGCGUUCCGUCCCCCGCCGGAGCAGCUGUACGAGAACCUGGAUGACUUCUUCCCGAAGCACGACCUCGACAAGCCUCUGCUGGACACGGCGGCUGUCCCCGAGAGCCCCAUGGUCAACAGUCCGCGGUCGGACGGCCCCGCCGAGAUUGCCUCCAGCCCGCCGAGCGUGUCGUCCCUUGGACCGCAGCAGGCGUUCGGCCAACGCAGCCGUCACAAGAAGUCGAUCCGACUCGUCGCACAGGACCGCAAGAAGAUCAUGGACAGGAGACCCGCAGCACCGGGAUCCGGAACGGGCGACGGCCUCCUUCGUCGACGAAGCACCAAGCUAUGGGGCACCAAAGUGGUCGAGAUGACGCCCGGACAAGAGCUGACUGCGCCUGCAUCGGCAACGCAAGCCGAGUCGCCGUCCUCGGACACGGCGUCGCCCAAACCCGUGUUCAAAUGGGUCAAGGGUGACCUGAUCGGCAAGGGCACUUACGGCCGCGUCUACCUGGCGCUCAACGCAACCACGGGUGAGAUGAUUGCGGUCAAGCAAGUCGAAUUGCCCCGAACCGCCAGCGACCGCGAAGACUCGCGCCAAAAAUCCGUCGUCGCCGCGCUCAAGUCCGAGAUCGAAACACUCAAAGACCUGGACCACCCGCACAUCGUCUCGUACCUCGGCUUCGAAGAGACGACGACAUUCCUGAGUAUUUUUCUGGAGUACGUUCCCGGUGGGUCGGUCGGCAGCUGCCUGCGCAAGCACGGCAAGUUCGAAGAGCCCACGAUCAAGUCGUUCCUGCAUCAGAUCCUGUCCGGCUUGGCGUAUCUGCACAGCAAGGGCAUCCUGCAUCGCGAUCUGAAAGCGGACAACAUCCUGGUCGAUUUCGAGGGCAUCUGCAAGAUCUCCGAUUUUGGCACGGUACGUCGGUCGGACGACAUCUACGGCAAUGUCGAAAACAUGUCUUUGCAAGGAUCAAUCUUCUGGAUGGCGCCCGAAGUGGUUUCGCUCAGCAAAAAGGGGUACAGUGCCAAGAUCGACAUUUGGUCUCUCGGCUGCGUCGUGUUGGAGAUGUUUGCCGGUCGUCGACCGUGGAGCGACGACGAGGCGGUGCAAGCGAUGUUCAAGAUCGGUGCGGAACGCAAGGCGCCUCCGAUCCCAUCGGAUGUCAAGCUGAGCAAGCAAGCGGCGCAUUUCCUGAAGAACUGCUUCGAGGUCGAUCCUGCCAAACGACCUACGGCGCAACGACUGCUGGAUCACGUGUUCAGCGUCCCCGAUGACGGAUGGCAUUUUCAGCAGAGCGCGCUGUGGAGGAGUCUCCAGCGAUGA